AUGCCACCGGACAAGCGCAGCAGUGCCCUCGACAUCGCCAUUGUCGGCGCGGGUAUCGCCGGCCUGACCGCGGCCAUUGCCCUGCUCGCCGGCGACGGCGCGCGCCACCGCGUCACCGUGCUCGAGCGGUACGCAAACUGCCAGCCGACCUUUGGCGGCGCCGUGCAGCUCCACACCAACGCGACGCGUGUCCUGCGAGAGUAUGGCGUCGCCGAGGAGAUUGAGGCGUGCCUGCCGGAGCUGCGGUCGGUGCAUAAUAUUCACAGACUGUCGGACGGUCGUUUGCUCUACAACCUGCCGGCCGAUGUGUCUCGGAGGGCGUACAAGUCGCCCAUUUGGAAUAUCAACCGGGGCGACUUGCUGCGCAUUCUCUUGGCGCAAGCCGAGAAACUCGGAGCAGUGUGCCGGUUCGCCGCGCGUGUCGUGGACAUUGAUGCCGAGGCCGACCGGCCCCUUCUCGCCCUAGAAAAUGGCGAGACACAUUCCGUUGAUCUCGUGAUUGCUUCCGACGGAGUCCGCUCUAGGAUUCGGGAGAGGAUGCUUGGUCCCGUGGCCGUGCAGCACCGCUUGACGGCAUACAGCAUCAACGUCGACCGGGAGAAGCUCCGAGGCCACAACGACCUCGACUCUCUGCUCAACAGGAGCGGAUUCUGGGUCGGACCGAAACAGACCGUGGUCGGCGUCGAUCUGCCCUCGACCUGCACGUUUGUCUUUUGCACCGAGCGCGACGACGGCGUGGCGGGCGUCUGGGACAAGCCGCACGAUGUCGAGGACGUCAGGCGGCAGUUUGCGGACGCAGAGCCGCGUCUGCAAAAGUGUCUGAGCUUGGCGACCGGGACAUGCUACGUCUGGCAGUUCUCCGAUCUGCCCGUGCUGGACCGAUGGAGCAGCCGCAACGGCAGGGUCGUCUUGAUUGGCGAUGCGGCGCACGCGGUGCUCCCCUUUGCCGCGCAGGGAGCUGGAACUUCGAUCGAAGACGGCGCGUGCCUGGCGGGCUGCCUUUUGCGGAGCGGCUCCGUUGCGGAAGCGACAGCCGCGUUCGAGGCCAUUCGCAAACCGCGCACCACAUUCAUCUCCAAAGCCGGCCAUAUGAACAUGGAGUUUGGCCACCUGGCCGACGGCCCCGAGCAGGAGGCGCGCGAUGCGGCACUGGAAAGAAUGCGCAUACAUGAAGCCAACAUGGGAGGGCCGCGGCUAACACCACCGGCCGGGCCGCCACCAAACGACCUGCACGGUUUCGAGCCGCCGGAAAAAGUGACAAACUUGUAUACACCUUCUGCGAGAGCAUAUGUCAGUGGCUACGAUAUUUUUGCACAUGCAAGUGCCUCCGGACGCAUUCUCGGCUAUAUCUGCUAA